GCACAGAGUGUAAUAGUAGUGCUAUAAGUUUGUUUGUUUUGAAUUUCGCGCAAAGCUACACGAGGGCUAUCUGCGCUCGCCGUCCCUAAUUUAGCAGUGUAAGACUAGAGGGAAGGCAGCUAGUCACCAUCAUUACCUACUGCCAACUCUUGGGCUACUCUUUUUACCAACGAGUGGUGGGAUUGAUCGUUACUUUAUAAUGCCCCACGGCUGAAAGGCGAGCAUGUUUGGUGGGACUUGCAGAGUCGAACUCCUUAACCACCUGGCCAGUGUUAUAAGAAUAUUGAAUAGGGUACUGCUUUGAGUGUUGAUAAUCAAAAGUUCAACAAAUUAGCAAAUUAUCAUGUAUGCCUGUACUCUGUAUGCCUGCCCUCUUACAAGGACAAUGUGAAAUGAGAUUUGGUGAUGAUGACAGUGAUGAAGAUUUAGAAGCAUUACGAUUAGCAGCACUACUGUCAAGAAAGAAAAGGCCAAACCCAUCAACCUUUGAGUCUCAUGCUCAGGGAAUUCCAGUAGUCACUAUUGCAAAAAACCUUUCUAUUGUCCAAAUCAUCAGUACAGGAAAUAUCCAUAUCACAAAAGACAUGGACAUCCAAAUUUUUUUAACAAGCCAGCUCAGGCCAAACCUGAUAGUAAUCAACACUGUUCCUUCAGAAGAUCUUUCUAAUGAUAGCGUGGCUACUAAAGAGCCAGACAAACAUAAGCAACUUUCCUCCACCCUGAACAAAACAGGUGGUGUCCUGUUGAUGGAGGAUCCUCAUCUCCUCAGUUGUCAGAUUCUAAAGGAAAAGUUCCUGAGAGGUUCAGUCAACUGGAAUCUGACUCAGAGAGUGAAUCAGAUGAGGACAAGCUCAGUACAGUGGAUUAUGACACAAAUUUACAAAGCAAGUCAAAUUACCAGAACAAUAGUAAAAGUUCAAGCUUUAAUUCUGUUCGAACAAUUGGACAUAAAAAAGUCAUGUAAUAGAACUAGAAGUUCAAGUAAUGAAUGGUCUCCAAGUAGUAGCUCCACAACUGAAGAUCAAAAAGUGAAUAUGAAUGCCAGAUCAGAGAAUAGCAGUGAUUCUUCAAGUUCUAAGUUCAGACAUGCAGUGGGUUCUAAGAAAAGUGUUUAAAAGAAAGAAUGUUUUAGACAAAAUAGAAUGGUGUUUCUCAAAUAUCAUCAAAACGUUGAAAAUACAAAGAGAGAAAAGAAGGAAAAAGAAAAUCUAGCAGCAUCUCUAUUACUGUUCAUGAUGGAGAAACAAAUGACUGCCUGUUCACAUGAGACUAGGACUACCAAUUAAGCCUUCUUUGCUCACAGGAUGCUCCUUGCGAUUUAAUGAACUAUUAAAGUGUUCAGAAAACAAGUCAAAGAAAAAAAGAGAAAGUGAAAUAUACAGAGAGUAGAAUGAACUGACAUAGAAAAAU